AUGCACUGCAUCGUCAAGGCAUCCCUCGGCGGCGAGCGUAGACGGUUCACCUUCUGCACCCUCGACCCUGCCAAUAUCCACAACGAAACAGACAAGCUCAGCUUCGAGGCCCUCCACUCCAAGCUGUGCACGCUGUUCGGCCAAAAGGCGCUCAUGAUCCAGUAUGUGGAGCAGAGCGGUUCCAAGAGGCUGAUCCAGCGGGACGCCGAUGUUGUUGCUGCGGUGGUUUCCUCCAGCGGCCUUGUGUCACCAACAGCCACGUUGAUGGUUCUCAAGUUGUCCGUGACUAAAGAUGCUGCCACCCCAACCACCUCCGGCAAGGCAAAGCAUCAGCACUGUGCAAAAGAAAAGUCCGAGACUUGCAAGAAGAAGGAUGUCUGCAACAAGAAAGAUACCUGCAAGAAUGACAACGCCACCGACAGGAAGGACACCUGCAAGAACAACGCGGCUAAAAAGGAAGCCUGCAACAACAACAAGAAGAAGGACGUCUGCAACAAGGACACUCGUGAGAAGGAUGCUUCCACCAAACCAUGCAAGAAGGUGCCCAGCCCUCCCAAGCCUCGCUGCGAAGAAGUUGUGCACUCCAAUGUCCUUUGCGAUGUUUGCAUGGAUACCAUCAAGGGCAUUCGAUACAAGUGCCGAAACUGUGACAACUACGACUUGUGCCAAGCAUGCCAUCCCCUCGCCGCUGAGCGAUACCAUCCCAAACACACAUUCACAGCCAUCGAGAGGCCUCUCGGCAGCUCCGGCCGAUCCUCCGUGACCGUCAACUCCUGCUCGCGCACAGAGGUCCAGUCCUUGGAGCACGGGGCCUAUUGCGACAUUUGCACGGUCGUCAUAACCGGUGUUCGCCACAAGUGCUUCCAGUGCCCGGACUAUGACCUCUGCGAGGAGUGCCUUCCCUUGGCCAAGGUUCACCACAGGGGUCACAGCUUUGUGCCCAUCUCCUACCCAGGCGAACUCACAUUCAAGGUCGAUUAUACCCCUCACUAUGGCAUCGUCUGCGAUGGCUGCGACAACGAUAUCACCGGCAUCCGCUACAAGUGUGGUAACUGCGCCGACUACGAUCUUUGCGGUAACUGUGAGGCUUCGCCUUUCCACCGUCACGAUCCCAAGCACAUCUUCUUGAAGAUUCGCCGGCCUGUUCACAGCCGCAUGUCGCCAGCUGCUCCGCUUUUGCCCAUGAUGUACGAGAGAGGUUGGGGUAGGACCACCAUGGCGAGCAACUCCCGACAAGCCACGACUAUGACGGAGAAUCUCCCUAAAGUUGACCCUCUGCCCACACCUGCGCCAGUGAAGGACGCAACCCUUGAGAAGGUCGAUGCUUCAGAAUUGGAUCAAAGCGAUGCCGUCGCUCCGACUGUUCUCACGGUGGCACCAACUCUUGACGAAGUGCUGACCGUGCCCUUCGAAUCAAUCGAACCAACUGAGCCAAUUGAACCCGCUGUGAUCCCGACAGCAACAAGCGAGACCCAAAGUGAACCUGAGACUCUGCCAGAGCCGACUUUCGUCAGCAAUGCCUUGUUCGUCAAGGACAUUAACAUCAACGACGGCACCACCAUCCAGGCUGGCUCCCAGUUCCUGAAGAUUUGGGAGAUGUCCAACCCCGGCGUAGGAGAGUGGCCCAAGGAUAGCGUUUUGCAGUUUGUUGGAGGAGACCGUAUGUUUGCUGAUGUCGAUGCGAACGAGUCCUGCCCUCUCUUCAAGAUCUCACUUGCUCCUGUUGGCGAAUCUGUCUGUGUUACUGCCGACCUCAAGGCACCACCUCAACCAGGUCGGUAUGUCUCUUACUGGCGUCUGGUUGCACCUGAUGGCGAACCCUUUGGUCACUGCAUUUGGUGCGAUAUUAUUGUUGAGGAGGGUUCCGAGAGCAGCUCGGACUCGAUGGGAUCAUCGACCAUGAUCUUCCCUGUUGUUGACUGCCAUGACACCAAGAAGACCUGGUCCCGGAACCCAUCUAACCCCGAAGAGGCGACAGAGACUGGUUCCGUUAGGACGACUACCACGACCAACGCCCCAAGCACGUAUACUGGUCCCGUUGGAACCGCACAUUCAGUGACUGACGACCAGCUUUCGACCACCUCUGGGCAGUACACGUCUCACUCGCUAGCCUCGUCCAUCCUUGGCCGUGAUGAGUCCGUGGACGACCGCAUCGAUAUUGACAACGACGACAUCUCGACGGAGCGAUUCUUUUCGGACGAUGAUGAGUUUGUGGUCGUUGAUACGGAUGGAGAGCAGAGUGAGGCUGGAUUCCGAGAGUAA